AUGUCCUACCAAUAUGAAGAUAUUAGGACGUCUCGCCCAUCAGGCUCCAAAGUGCCUGAAAUAGCCCUACCAGGUCCGCAGGGGGCACUCAUGGUCGUGCUAUUGACAUACAAUGGGUCCCCGUUCAAAGACCACUGGGCAUACUUCGUGGAAUCACGAGAAAAUCCCCAAAUCGGAGUCAUGAUACAAGCGAAUGGAGAUGUGAUGAAUGUAUUUUCAGUUGAAAUUGAGCGCAGUCAUGACUUGCGAUCUGCCGAUAAACAGCCAACUGCGAAAAUUCCUCUCCAGUGGGUGGACGAAGAGCACUUUGACGAAAAGGCAAUGUUCGACAAUGGCCGACACAUCACUGAUCAAAUCCCUCGCUGUCGCUUCGAGGAGAGUGUUUGCAAAACCAAAGCCCCCAGUAAAAGCCUGAAUGCUGUUAAUGAAACGUCGACUCCCGGCAAGAACAUAGUACAGCGCAACUGUCAAACAUGGAUCGUCGAGUCUGCCGAGAAACUUCUGAAAGACAACAUAUUCAGUGAAGAGAUUGUUGCUUAUCUACACGCGACUAAACAAUAG